GUUCCGACUUCCGUUCUAGUUUAGGCUCUAGUAGCUUGGUGAAGGUCCAUUUUGAUUUGGUUGACGUGCUCUAGUCGUUGGAUCAAAGUGAACAGAAUUUACGGCCAGAGAUGGAAACGAUAUUGGAGCAGCAACGACGGUAUCACGAGGAAAGGGAGCGGUUGAUGGACGCGAUGGUGAAGGAGAUGUUGCACAAGAAGGCGGGACAUCGCGAGAACAUCAACUCGGAGCAUCGCUUGAAAAUGCUACUGGACCAGUUCAUGGACAGUACAAUGCAUCUGCAGGACUUGUACGAGGACAAGGACGGGCAGAGAAAGGAGGAGGUUCAAGCGCUCUCUGGCCCGAACGAAUUCUCCGAAUUUUACUCGCGCUUGAAGUCCAUAAAGGAAUUCUAUCGGCGGCAUCCUAACGAGAUCAGCGUGCCCAUGUCCGUCGAAUUCGAGGAGCUGGCCAAGAUGAGAGAGAACCCAACCGAGGAGCUGUCCAAUCUCGUCGAGUUCACGGACGAGGAAGGUUACGGCAAGUACCUUGAUCUACACGAGUGUUAUCAGAAGUACAUCAACCUUAAGGGCAUCGAAAAGAUCGAUUAUAUAACCUAUCUGUCGACUUUCGACCACCUAUUCGACAUUCCUAGAGAGAGAAAGAACGCAGAGUAUCAGAGGUACGUCGAGUCCCUUUUAGGGUACCUGACAGAGUAUCUGAACAGAAUAAGGCCUCUGCUCGACAUAAGCACAGAGAUUGAGGACGCCAACAAGGAUUUUCUGGCUCAGUGGGAGAAGAACACUUUUCCAGGCUGGCCUAAGGAAACUGGUAGCGCUCUGACUCACGUAGGCGCGCACUUGGAGCUGUCCGCGUUCUCGUCGUGGGAGGAGUUGGCGUCUCUCGGAUUGGACAGAUUAAAGUCGGCUUUGAUGGCGUUAGGGCUCAAGUGCGGAGGUACGCUCGAGGAACGGGCGCAGAGACUUUUCAGUACAAAGGGCGAAGCCUCCCUGGAUCCCAGUUUAUUAGCCAAGAAUCGAAAGGGCAAGUCGGCUAAGAACAAAGAUUCCGAGAAACAGAAGGAGAUUGCGCGACUCGAGGCCCACGUGUACAAGCUUGCUGAACUAGUGUCCAGCCAACGAGUGGCCACCAAGGAAAACGUGCAAAGGAAACAAGCGAGAACCGAAGGCGAGAGGGGAGAUUCCGACGCGGAAGCAAGUGCGAGCGAAUCGGAAGAGGAGGACGAUAACGAGGUGCCCUACAACCCGAAGAAUUUACCUCUGGGCUGGGACGGAAAGCCCAUACCCUACUGGCUGUACAAGCUGCACGGUUUAAAUAUCAGUUACAACUGCGAGAUUUGUGGUAACUUCACUUACAAAGGCCCGAAGGCAUUCCAGAGGCACUUUGCGGAGUGGAGACACGCGCACGGCAUGCGUUGUCUUGGCAUUCCGAACACAGCGCACUUUGCGAAUGUCACUCAAAUUGAAGACGCCCUUGCGCUGUGGGAGAAGCUCAAGGCUCAGAAACAGGCCGAACGUUGGCAGCCGGAACAGGAAGAAGAAUUCGAGGAUUCGCUUGGCAAUGUAGUCAAUCGUAAAACAUAUGAAGAUCUCAAGAGACAAGGUCUACUCUAAAUUGUACAUCUCAGUCGCAUUUUACUGUGUACACUUUAAUUAUCAUAUAUAUCGCUCUUUUUUUUUAUAAUUCCAUUUGUCUAUUAAAGCGUUUUCACCAGUGAAAUGAUUUCCCAUCCAAUUGUCUUGAAAUUUGUUAAAUUACUUUAGUACCUUGGUAUACAGCCAAAGAGCAAUAUUAUUUACAUGCAUAUGCUUGUAUAUGCAUAGAGAGAAAUUUUAUUUCAGACGAUCAUUUCUGAGGUUAUUUUGAAUAAAAAGAGAUGUAAAUAAAAAUAAGAUUUUUAUAGAUUUAAAGUCAUUUAAGAUUAAAAAGCUAUUCCCCUGAACAGUCAAAGUGGAAUUCAUAUUUGUUUAGAUAUAAGAUUAUUUAUUUUAUAAAAAAUAAAAAUGUAAAAAUUCUCAGAAAUGAUGUACAUUUCCGCUUUUCAGUACAUCCAUCACAUAUACGAGCCACAUUUCUGUUUUGGACUAGAGUGCUUUCGAUUUAUCUACGUCCAAACUUUAAAAUAUAGUAAUAUAUCUUAUCGAUUCCAUUAGAUGAAUUGUGUUUAAAUUGGUUUAAGUACGUUUAAGAGAUACCUAACGUUAUAUCCAAGCGUUCUGCUUGCAUUCAAUAAAAGUACAUUUUCAAGUCCAUGA